AAAUGCGCGAUCAGAGUCUGCGCAACUCAGCGUUCUUCUCGUCGUCUGUGCGAAGUUUAUGAAGCUGCACUGCAAGAGGAGAAAAAAAAACAUUCGUCACUCUAUUGGCUGGCAGUGCCAGGGGUGGUGCCCUCUCAGGUAUAGGUGGUUAUCUCUAGGGUGUGUAAACAGGACAGGCCAAGGGCUGUUAGGAGUGCAACAUGAAUUUUAAAUUCACCUAUAGCGAAAUAGAGGAACUUGGGGGCAACUUGCCCAUGAAGAAAAGGAAGUCACGCUUCACCUUCGAUGAAGUCCUUCUGCUUUUGACUGAAGUCAAAAGAAACAGGCACAUCCUCGUAAGCAAGUUCAACCAAGGCGCCUCGUCAGACCUGAGGAAGCGAACAUGGGCGGACAUCGCGAUUCGCAUCAACAAAAUUAGCGAGUGCCAACGGGAGGUCAUGGAGAUUGUCAAGAAGUGGGCGGACCUAAAGUGCGAUGCCAAGCGUAGGAUGGUGGCCAUGCGAGGGCCUAACGGUGUCCGUAUCUCCCAGAACCUGUCGCCGGUGGAGAAAAUGGUGCACGAGAUACUUUCCAUGUCCCCUCCGAACAAGGCCACAAUGGGCAGUAUGAAUGAUGAACCUGAGGAGAAUGACUUUGGUGACAUGUCAGAGAUGUUGACUCGCUCCUCUGGCACCUCUAAUGGAAUGGCUGGUCUUCAUCACAUGGCUAUGCCUGUCACCAGCCCCCACGCGAUGGGCUCGUCUAUGUCUCCUUUCUCAACUCCGGAUAAAGAUAUUGGCAUGUUCUCUCAGAUGCCAUUUGGCCGGGAUCCUUCUCAGUCAUCUCAUGAUUUUUCAUUCAUGAAACCAGUCGAUGAAGACGACAGUCUGGGAUUUGAGGACCUAGAAGAGGAGCCGCGGCACAUGGGCUCCUUCCGCCCUCCUGCUGAGCCUCGUCGCACCUACUCCAGAUUCGCCGCCUCUUCCACCGCUGUGUCUUCCUCCAUGGCUACCUCCUCGUCAUCCCACCCAGCUCCCUCCUCUUCCUUUCUCCCUGCUCUCUCCUCUUCCACCUCUACAGGGUCAGUCAUGAGGCAGGGGGCAAUCCGGAAGCAGCUAGCACACAGUGCCUCCCUCAGUCUCAAGGAGCAGCAGGCCACUACUGCCCUGCUAGGGGCCGUGUCGGGGUCUCUGGGGGCCCUGGCCCAGUCCGUACAGCAGCUGGUGGAGUCGCAGCAGGAGUUUGUACGCGACUCCCUGCAGAUGCAGCGAGAGACUGUGAGCGUCCUGCGAGACUUCUCCACCAAUGCCCUGGCUCUCCUGCGGGACAAGGUCAACGGCCACCCACCGCCUUAACUCCCAGUUCACCUACAGAACACAACACACACACGGACCCUACCUGUGAAGUGCUUGCCCGUGGACUGAGAUCAUGUCAUUAAUACUAUUUGCUGAUUCACCUUGAGAAUGAGUAUGCUGCCACUAGUAUAGAGAGUACUGAAUAGCAGGAAGCCCAAAUAAAAUUAUGAAUAUCUUUAUAUACUGGAGAUGAGCUUUCUAACCAGUGACUGGUUUGCUACUUUUGAUGAUAAAGAGCAAUGCAUCCACGUGUCAUGGUUCCAGAAUUAUGGUAAAUCAUAUUUUUUGUAUUAUUUGUUUUUUUACUGAAUGAAACAAGACUGGACAUUGCAAGUAUUUUUGUCAGAGAAAAACUUGUGCAAUACUCUAAAAACGCUUUCCGAGUGUAAGCGAACUGUUGAUCUGCUCCUAUUUUGUUCUACAUAGCCUCAUUUGCAGGCUUCCUCUAACAAGUAUGCAAUGACCGGUCAUCCACACACAUUCCAAGCAUAACCAGCCACAUUUAUAGAUUAAUUUGGGUCAAAUUAAUUAGAUGACUAAGAAAAAGAGCAGCACGUACAUGUGGAAAGUAUGAGUGAGUUUUGAUCUGCCAACCUCUGUCAUUACUAUCCAAAAGUUAGGUGGUUUGGUUUUCAAACGGGCAAUAAAUCCCACUACAACUACAAGACGACUAAAUAGAAACUGGCCAUAUUUGUAGCAUUUGCACUUCAAUUUAAUGUAUUUUCAUUUUGUAUUGAGUUUAAAUUAUGAGUGUCGAACUUUUUAGAAAAGUUUUGAGUUAUAUUUUGUCAAUGCUGAAGAGUUGUGUUUUUAUGAAAAAGUAACCUUUUUCACUGAACUUCAAUGAACUUUUUGUUUUUCCAGACUGAAUGAUUUUUAAAACAUACUCUAGACUACUGUACUCUAACAUGUAAUGUGUGACUCAUUCAACCAAAUCUUGAGAAUAAAACAACCUGUUUUUAA